UAGAUCUAUCGGGGUAGGUAAUAAAAAAAAGAAGAAAUAUAUUCAAAGCAGGCAUGUGUCAGUGCAUUAAAAGUACCCAAAAUUUUGUGGCUGAGGUGUUUGAAAGCUUCAAUUAUCAGGCUGACUGAUAGGAGAGAGCGGGAGCUGGGGUACACGGCAUUUAUGUGAAGGGGUGGACAGUAGAACUGAGCCGUUUUUGUGAUCAGUCAUCAAUGCCUAUAAAUGAUGUCAACUGGAAUGCGACCUCAACAGUGUAGAGCACUAGAAAAGGCAGCCUUAGGAAGAGAACGAGUAUGGAAAUGAAAUGGAGGAUUCUUGUUGGGUUAGCACUAGUGUAUGCAGCUCUGGAUCCGUUUAAGUAUAGCCCCAUUGCCCAUUUCCCGGAGUUCCAGACUCAUUUUGUGGAGGAUGUGCCAUGGUCUAUGCUCUCUUCUUUCAUGGUGGACAAAAAGAGCAGACUGCAAGAAGCGGAUGUUGAAACUUUGAAGGGAGUGUGGGGGCCGGAGAGCAUUGCAUUCGAUCCACAGAACAGAGGACCUUAUACUGGAAUUGCCGAUGGCACAAUUGUCCGCUGGGACGGCCCACAUCUUGGCUGGUCUCUAUUUGCCUUCACUUCCCCCAACAGGUCGGAGAUAUGCAAUGAAAAGCGCAAGUCUGCAUUGGGAUAUGUGAAGCAUGAGCACAUAUGCGGGCGUCCUCUUGGACUGAGAUUCAAUAAAGACAGUGGAGAUUUAUAUAUUGCGGAUGCAUAUUUUGGGCUGCUUGUGGUUGGUCCGCAGGGUGGUUUGGCAACUCCUCUUGUUAACUCAACUUACUUCGCGAAUGAUCUGGACAUAGACAAGAACGGUAACGUUUAUUUCACAGAUAGCAGUGCUAUCUAUAGAAGAAAGAACUUCAUACAGUUGGUAUUCUCAAUGGAGAAUACAGGCAGGGUACUCAAAUAUGAUCCCCACACAAAGGAAGUUGUAGUGUUGGUCAGCAAUGUGAGCUUUCCAAAUGGGCUGUGUCUAAGCAAGGAUGAGUCAUUUUUUGUAUACACAGAAACGGUUGCUGGCAGCAUUAUGCGAUACUGGUUGAAAGGUCCAAAAUCAGGCACAACAGACAUAUUUGCUCGUUUGCCCGGGUACCCAGAUAACAUUAGGGUUAAUGAUAAAGGAGAAUUCUGGGUUGCUAUACAUGGUCGACAUAACCAUCUGGCUUAUUUCUUGGCAUCACACCCUAAAGUGAGAAUGUUCCUUUUAAGACUUCCCAUUUCUGCAAGAAUCCAAUACAUUACUUACAUAGGUGGAAAGCUACAAGGAAUGGUGGCAAAGUACAGCCCUGAAGGAGAGCUUCUAGAACUUCUGGAAGACAGGAUGGGAAAAGUUGUGAAAGGUGUGAGUGAGGUAGAAGAAAAAGAUGGGAAGCUCUGGAUGGGCUCUGUUUUAACUAAUUUCAUUGCUUUGUAUUGAUGCUGUAAGUUGUGGGAAUGCAAAACUUCCCAGUUGCCUUUAUGUGAAUAUAUCUCUCCAAGCGUUGCACAUA